AUGCAAAAGCCCGGCCUCUUCUCCAAACAAGAUGUGACCGCGCAAUGUGGAAAGGCUGGGCGGAGGCGGACAGCCGGGCCGGGAGGGGGUGUGUCCGCUACUCCCGGGUCGGGCGCGGAAAGGCGAGACCCCGAGUGGGUGGGGCCGGAUGUGCAGGCCCCGCCCGGCGCCAGGUUCCGGGCUCGGGUCACCGCAGCACGUCCAGGCCGCUGCGGGUGCUGCUGGGGCCGCCGGAUUCGAGAGCGGUGCCGGGCUCUUUCGGGCCCACGACGGCCCCGACCGUCCUCAGGAAACCGCUGCCCACCGAGGAAAGGCCGCAAAAACUGUUCCGCCCGGAAGGGAGAAGAGCUGCGGGGCGAAGCCAGGCCUAGCAGUGGGCAGCGGCCGGCUGCUGGCGUUCGGCCUCAUCCACUCGGCCGGCGGAGAGCGCGGGGGGCGCUGGGAACCGCAGACACGCAUGCGCCGCCUGCCACCGAGCGCCGCGGGGCCCGCGCGAGGCGUCCUCGCGGGCGAGGGGCUGGGGGAGGGGGGGCCGUGUGGUGGACUCUCGCGAGAGCGCGCGGCGACUCGUCGCUGAGGGACUCUAGGAUUGUAGAGGGGCGCGGAGGGUCCUCCCCGGGGCGGAGGGACACAGGGAUUCUAGGGAACCUGCCGUCGCGAGUCCCGCUUCAGGCGGCGAUUCCAGGCGGCGGCGGGGCCUCCCUGAGGCGGAGGAGUCGGCACUGGGUCCUGGCUGCCGGGGAAGGAGAGCACGGGAGCGGGGACUCGUGUGUCUGGCGGAGGGACACGGCGUUCCGGUGGAGGGAUCUUUUCCGUGUACCUGGUCCAGGGCUGCGGUCGGGGAUGGAGCGGGUACCCCGACCCUGCGGGACCUUCUUCCCCUGGCGGAGGUGCACGGCGCGGCGUGGUGCUUUUCUGGCGGAAGUAUCUGUGCGUGGCCCCAGGCCCUUCCCGGCGCGGUCUCAUCUGGGGCCACUUGUUGGCCCUGGCGUUGGGGAGGUUCAUGUGGUGGAUCCUGAUGAGAAGGGGGGUCACAGGGGUCUCGGGGCCAGGGUUCAGCCAGCCAGGCCCCAGCUUGCUCUCUUCUGGUGCUGCCCCGUCCCCGAAUUCAUAGACCCGGCUUUCCCUCUCUUGAGCACCUACUAUGUGCCAGGGUGCGCUUUGCGCAUGUAGCAGAGGCAACAGUGUCACCUGGGAAGCUGGUUUCCCCCAAAGGAACUCUUGUCUGUCCGUUGUUGCAGAGCCAGCGCAUGAGACCAAGUGGUGAUUCCAGUCUCACAGAAUGAGUUGGGAAGCAUCUGCUGCUUUUAUCUUCUGAAAGAGAUUGUAGAGAAUUGGUAACCUGGACCCCAAAAUGAGAACAGAAGAACCACUUCAUGUGACUUGAACCAGAUCUGAAAUCUGAAGUGAAGCCCAGAAGAGUGUAGCUGAAGACAAGUGAACCUACUUGACCUGCAAACGCACAUAUCAAAGGGCCCCCUGGCUACUAAGGAAGAUGAAUGAAGAAAGGGCCCAUACAUGGACACCUACUUCAUAGUAAAAUUUGAGGACAUGACGUAUAAAGAGGACAUUCUGAACACUUCAAGAGACAGCACCCUUAGCUAGGCAUGCAGACAGGAUCUCACUGUCACCCAGGCUGGAGUACAGUGGCUCAAUCUUGGCUCUCUGCAACCUCUGCUUCUCAGGCCCAAGCAAUUCUCCCACCUCAGCCUCUCAAGUAGCUAGGACCACAGGUGUAAGCCACCAUGCCCAGCUAAUUUUUUUGUAUUCUUUGUAUAGAUGGGGUUUCACCAUGUUGCCCAGGCUGGUCUCAAACUCCUGAGCUCAAAGUGACCCUCCCACUUCGACCUCCCAAAGUGCCCAGCUCCAUCUUAGGUUUUGCAGCAAUCACCCUGGGUACACAUAUGGAGAAUGGAAUGAAGAGGUAAGCACUGGAGGCAGAAAGACCAGUUAUGGAAUCACUUGUUGUCUCUGUAAGAAAUGAUGAAGUCCAGAACGAAUUUCCAGAACUGGUAGUGGGUAGGAAAUAAGAAGACAAAUUUGACAGCAAUUGGGAGUUGAAAUCAAGAAUUGGUGAGACAUUGAGGAUGACUAUAAAGUCUGGAAAUUAGGUGGAUGGUGAUGCUUUCUAUUCAAGAUCAGAACACAGGAGGUCAGUUAUUAAGGAUAUAAAAAUGAAAAACCAGUUGCCCUAGUUGCCUCUAGUGAUGAUACAGGAAAUUGUCUUGUUACCACGAUGGAAGCUAAUGUGAGUCUGCAUGCAGAGAAAAGCAGAGUGAACCGAACCUCAGAGAACUUGAGACAGAGCCCUGAUUUUACUAACCCAGGAUCCUACCUACCUCUGACCUAAUGAUUUAUGAAAUAAUAAGUGUCCUUAUUGUUUAAACA